AUGAUUUUGAACCUUGUCAAGGGGACAGUCCUUGCCUUUCUUAUUGGACUUGGCACUUCAGGGAACACCGUUAUUUUUGUAAGUCAUAUACGCAUGUAUUGGGGCGCUGAGAAGAAAGCCACGCACCUUAUUCUCAUCCAUUUGGCCUCCACAAGUAUCAUAAUGCUUCUGUUUAAAGGCAUUCCAAGGACAAUAGCAGCUUUUGGAGUGAGACACUUCCUCGAUGACACAGGCUGUAAGGUCGUGUGCUACCUGGAGCGGGUGGCCCGGGGCCUCUCCGUCUGCACCAGCAGUCUCCUCACGGUGGUCCAGGCCUUCACCGUGAGCCCCAGUCACUCCAGGUGGAGGAGGCUCCAGCCCAGGUCUGGGUGGUUCAUUCUUCCUUUAUUUCCCUUCUUCUGGAUAUUUAGUUUUUUGGCAAACAUUAACUUACCCCUUUACAUCACAAGUACUAAUGUGAACACAUCAGAAGUUACCACAAAUGACUUCUAUUGUUAUUUUCAGCCAGAAAAUGAGAAGGUAAGAUGGAUCAUUCUUGGUACCAUGGCUUUCCGGGAUGCUGUGUCUCAGGGUGUCAUGUGCGGUGCCAGCGGCUACAUGGUCUUUCUUCUCCAUCAGCACCAUCAAUGUGUUCUCCAGCUGCGGAGCUCCAAGGUCCUCUACAAAACUUCUGCUGAGAUCAAAGCUGCCCAAAGUGUUCUCCUUCUUAUGCUCUGUUUUCUGCUCUUUAAUUGGGCAGAUUGCAUUUUUUCUCUACUUGUGAAUUCAUUCUUGGAGAAUAAUCUCAUAUUAAAUGUUCGAGAAUUUUGUACACUGGGUUAUGCAAUUCUCAGCCCAUUGGUACUGAUUCACAGAGAUAGACAUAUGACAGAAUGCUGCUUCACUCAGGGAAGGAGAAGGAAUUUUAGAAGACAUUUGUCCCCUGUAUCCUUUCAGUAA